CAUUCUAAAAUCCACUAGAAAAUAGAGAUUUGUCUCAAUAAUGUGUGGUCCUCUCACACUUCCAAUCAAUUAGUGUGGUCCUUAAUCUUUUGUCUGCGCAUCAAUUUGGCCCAUCUCAAUACAUUCCAUCAACAAGAUCAAUAAUAAAUUUUUAAUUUUUUAAUAAGAUUACAAAUACAACUUUAUGUUGACUUAAAAUAGAAAAUCUUUAAAUUAGUAAGAAAUCCUAGAUUUAAAAAUAUUUCUAAAACUUAACUAAUAAGAAAUAUAGUAAAAAUCUAAACUAAAUAAUGUGAAGAAAAUAAUAUCCUUAUAGACAACUUAUUGGAUUACAAAAUAGGCAAGAAAUUAAAUGUAAAUCUUGCCAAAAAGAACCCUUUUCUUAAAAUUUGCUCAAGCAAUCCGAAAAUGCCAAAAAUAGCUUCAUCUUCCUUUCCUAGCGUUAUGCUUGAUUCUCAAGGGCGACUUUCCAUCUUUGGUCUCCACUUGCCUGAUUUUACAUUGUUUCUUUUUGUACAUUUUCUCUGCGGGUAUAACCCCCAUGUUUUCCUACAGCACUAUCACUCUGAGGUUUUCUCCUCUCACACACUCAAUGCCUUCGUCUUCCUUCCACUUUGAGAAUUGAGUGAAUCAGUAACCGGAGAUAUUCUACUGUAGAGACCUGCUCAGAAUUUAAGACCAAAUGGAAAAACCACUUGCCAGAAAGUCCUCUCAAGAAGUCUGGUCUGGCAUACUAGCACCCUUUUUUAUUUUGUGCCUUGUAUUGCUUUGCUUGAGUUAUUCAACUCUAUUGGGUGUCACCAAUGGGGUCAAUCUUUUGGUGAUUAAACAAGUUCAUACAAUCAACAUUUGGAAGAUCAACCACACCGAAGAUUCGUGCGCCAAUCGUUACAUUUACAUCCAUGAGGGUCUUCCUGCCAGAUUCAACUAUGACUUCCUCAACAACUGUGAGUCUCUAAGUGCAGGGACUUGUAAUUGUAACACACCAAAUAUGUGUCCUCACCUUGUGAAUUUGGGGCUUGGUCCUCAAGUUAACGACUCCGAAGGUGUUUUAGCCAACAAGAGUUGGUUUAAAACAAAUCCUUACUUGUUAGAAGUCAUAUUCCACAACAAGAUGAAGCGGUAUGAGUGUUUGACAAAAAACUCCUCUCUGGCUUCAGCCAUUUAUGUGCCAUUCUAUCCCAGCAUGGAUGUUGGUGUCCAUCUGUGGGAUUCUAACCUCACUAUCAGAGACUCUUCAGCUAGAGAUUAUGUAAAGUGGCUUUCGGGACAACCCGAAUGGAUGAAAAUGUGGGGGAGAGACCAUUUCUUUGUUUCCGGGAGGAUUGCUUGGGAUUUCAGGAGGGAAAGAGACAAUAGUUCUGAUUGGGGUAGUAAACUCAGGUUCUUGCCUGAGUCCAUGAACAUGACCAUGUUGUCAAUUGAAGGAGGGAGAUGGAAAAACGACAUUGCAAUUCCCUACCCCACAAACUUUCAUCCUGCAAAGGACAGUGAGGUUGUUCAAUGGCAGAACAGAGUUAGAGAACAAGAAAGGCGUUAUUUGUUCUCUUUUGUUGGCGCACCAAGGCCUCACCAGCAGACUUCAAUCCGGGGAAAACUUAUUGAUCAUUGCCAAGCUUCAACUAAUUGCAAGUUUCUACAUUGCGAUGAAAAGAAAUGUGGCAACCCUGUUACUGUUAUGAGGGUGUUUAAGAGCUCUGUUUAUUGCUUGCAGCCUGGAGGGGAUUCAUACACUAGGAGGUCAGCUUUCGACGCAUUUCUGGCCGGUUGCAUUCCAGUUUUCUUUCAUCCGGCUACGGCUUAUACUCAAUAUUUAUGGCAUUUGCCAAAGAAUCAUACCAAGUUUUCCGUAUUUAUUCCGGUAAGGGAUGUAGAAGAUUUGAAAGAAGGCCUAAUUGAGAAAGUGUUGCUUGGAAUUUCGAAGGAUAAGGAGGUGGCCAUGAGAGAGGAGGUUAUAAGGCUAAUACCAAAGUUGGUAUAUGCAAAUCCCAGGUCAAGAUUAGGGACUCAAGAUGCAUUUGACAUCGCUGUGCAGGGAAUUCUUGAGAGAAUAGAGAAUGUGAGAAAGGUGAUUAGAGAGGGGAGGGAUCCUAGUAUUGGUUUUGCAGAUGAGGAUAAUGAUAAGUUCAAAUUUCCUGAGACACUAGACUCAUAG